AUGCCUAUCAGCACGAGAUCUCCAAGCACUCCCGAUAUGGCCUUCAGCGACACAGCCAGCUCUACGUCCAGCCGUUACAAUCAGCUUGAAGAGACUCAUGAGUCCAAGCCUGACAAUAUGGACGGGUCUACGCCUCUAGCACGCUACAACGCAGCAGCGCCACAAAAAGACCCUCCUAUGCGCACCAGCGACGAUAACCUCGACAGAGAAAGACAAAGAGCCCACAACAAUCGCAUCGCUGCCGUUGAGCUAGAUCUGCGCCUGCAAGGGCUCUCCAACAAGGACCGCGCGAUCGAGCUUUGCAAGGUCCGCAGAGAUCAACACGCUGGCUCAGGCAACGUCUUCACAGCUUACAUGUACGACCAUUCCGACGACUGGGAUCUCCUGGAGAAGCAUGCUCCUGGUGGCGAGAAGUUCGGACAGCAGAAAGCGGAUGAACGGAUCAAGAAGGUGAAAGGCAAGAGCCUCUAUCCUUCCAAUGACGUUGUCGCACCCCAGCAGCGUGCGGCGAUUGCUCGCCACGCACAUCCGGAUCAUUCAGAAGUCGCGUGUAAGCACACGAAAUGGCUUCAAGAUUUCACGGGAGUGACAAAGGGCCAGGUGAUACCAUGGAAGGACCGAUGGAGCGCUGCGGCCGCCAUCAACAAGACCGCUUCAACAAGUUCGCCAACAUCCGGGAAGAAACCCGGCUGGCGAAAUUCGUCGAAAGUGGACUCCAAGAUCUCCACUCAGCCGCCUUCGAGAACAGAUACGGGGAUUGAGGACGAGGAUCCUUACAAGCCACAGUUUCCGUCUUUGCAGGAGCCAGCUUUCCAUGAAUGCCGUGACUGGACGCAGUGGAGUCUGAAAGACAAGCCUCCAGUUCCUAUCGCAGCCGACGUCGGUCCGCGAGACGAGCUGGAGCCUUGUGUGAAUGUACCAGAACGGAAGCCGUCGAAACGAAGUCUGCGUAGCUCGCUCUCCUGGCCUUCGAUCCGCAAGGAUAGAAAGGACAAGGGCGAGAAGAACGAGAAUUCAGGUUUCGUACGCAACGUCUCGGCUUUCCUGAAGCGGGUGCGCAAGGUGGUGGGCUCUGCUGUGGAGGGCGGAAGUGAUUGUGGUUCGGUGGUGGUGACGACCACGUGA